CGAAUUUAUGAGACCGUCAGAAUUGACCCGAUACCUGCGGAGUCCCGGACAGAUAAUCGGCUGUUCCAGAUGUUCUUUGUGUGGUUCUCCGCGAAUAUGAACGUCUUAGGGCUGGGCACCGGUAGCGCUGGGCCAGCGUUCUUCGGCCUCGGUGUGAAGCAGUCACUGAUCACUCUACUAGUUGUUGACAUAAUGUAUGUAUCUGCUGCGUGCGCUGUCCCCGCGUACUUCGCGGUGUUCGGCCCUAAACUCGGUAUGCGUUCGAUGGUGCAGGCGCGAUACUCUUGGGGGUACUAUCCGGCGAUGCUUCCCGCAGCAUUAAACGUAUUCUCGAUGCAGGGCUUCCUAAUCCUGAAUUGUAUCAUCGGAGGGCAGACCCUCGCGAGUGUCUCAGACCAUUUGAAUGAUACCCUAGGCAUCGUCAUCAUUGGGCUGAUCUCUCUUGCAGUGACUUUCUGCGGCUAUCGGGUGAUCCACUGGUACGAAAGUGUUGCAUGGAUACCGAACGUUAUCACCUUCGCCAUCAUGCUCGGUGUUGGUGGCAGACAUUUGACCAACGCUCCCGCUACCGGGCCCGUCACCGCAUCGUCCAUCAUCACUUUCGCGACGACAACCGCGUCCAGUGUCAUCAGCUGGUGCACAAUGACCCCGGACUAUGGAGUAUAUCACAAUCAAAAGGCCUCAAGCAAGCGAAUAUUCGUCUAUACGUAUCUGGGCUUCUUUACAGCUAGCUUGACUGCUCACUACAUUGGUGCAAUCUUCGCGGCGUCCGCGAUCCCAGUACCGUCUUGGGAAGCUGGAUUUGACAAUGGCAACAGCGUCGGCGGCCUCAUCCAAGCCGUUCUCUCUCCUCUGGGUGGCUUCGGCAAGUUCCUUACUGUGCUACUGGCCCUGUCGAUCCCCAGCGCAUGCGCGCCCACGAUGUACACCUUUGCCAGCAGCUUUAUGACUAUAGCCGGGAUGUUUGCGAAGAUUCCGAGAUGGGUGUAUGUCGUCGUCUCGGAAGGGAUAUUAAUUCCUGUUGCCAUCGUGGGGGCCACUCACUUCUAUGAUACCUUCGUAGAUAUUCUAAAUAUCAUCGGCUACUGGUCCUGUGUCUUCGCUGUCACCAUCCUCACCGAGCACUUCGUCUUCCGCCGCGGCAGCUACGAGCCCUAUAAUCUUGAGAUCUGGAACCGUUCGUCUCGUCUGCCACCAGGCCUUGCUGCGCUGCUAGCCUUCCUGUGUGCUUUCGGUGUAAUUAUACCCUGCAUGUCACAGGCCUGGUACACCGGCCCGAUUGCAAACUUAGGCACAGGUGACAUUGGGAUUCUCGCUGGGUCGGGUGUUGCAUUUAUUCUGUACUUGUGCUUCAGAACGGUUGAGAAGUCCGUUUUCGGGAGGUAGCUGCACAUCCGAACUUUGGAGUGUAUAUUUUCAAAGGCCCUACGAGCCGUUACGCAAUACGAGACCAGAAAGUGCUAUGCUCUUGUUACAGAAGUGCGCACGCAAAGGAGUAGAGAACACAUUAGUCGUUACCUAGCCUCUGACCGGUACCCCACCUGUAACCAGUCGAAGUGGCUACAGGCUCAUCACGCCUCCUAGGAGGAAUAACAUGUACACCACUGCUUCCACCAGUUGCGCUCCCACCCGGCUGUCCAGGUCCAUCGACCAGAUUCCUGAACCAAGUAGGCGCAGUAGCCCACGAGCGCAAUGCACGAGUAUCGUGAACGCCCCACCACCAUAUGUGUCCAACCACGGCUCCGGUCACGCUUGCGGCAGCCGCCUGCGGACCAGCCAUGAUCAGAUCGAGGGCGAUGAGCGCAUAAGGGAAGUAGACGACUGGGAUGGUGAUGAGACCAAACAGCGAGGUCUUCGUGCCCGCAGGUGCAAGGCGUGAGGAAAGAUAAGUGAGGCACACAAGUAAUGGGCGUGUAUGCACGAAGGUGCCGAGGGGAAUAUUCAUAGUCUGCGCAGCGUUUCAGAACACAAGGGAGACGGACAUAUGUAGUAUACGUACGAGAAUGGCUACAGACGCAGCUAGCAGCUGCCACCCGUAGUCUGAUGAGCGGGCUUGAUAGGUUACCGAAGACUCUAACUGAUCAGAGCCUCGGCUGAGCUGAGAGGUCAUAAUCAUAUCUAACGAUGCCGAUGACGGAACACGUACUAGAGCAUGAUAAAGUCAAAUAGAUAGUUCAGUCCGGAGCCUGAAAUCAAUCUUAGCAAGAGUUGCACCCUAUGUCGGCAAGCUGCAUACCUCCCAGGAAGAAGCUAGUGAAUACUCUCCAGACCUUCACAUACAGUCAGGAGCAUAUUCUCCCCAAG